CACGAAUUCACCAGGAGCCUCGAGGAGCGGGGAAGCGAAGGGGACCCAGGCGCCUGCCUCGCUCCCGCCGCCGGCGGAGUCACCUGUGCUGGGCAGCUGGCGGCGAGCGGCUCCCCGGCCCGGCCCGGCCCCGCUCCGCCCGCUGGCAGCUCCCGGGACGGCGCGGCCCCGGCGGCAGGGGCGGAUCGGCUCGGCUCAGCCCCGCUCCCAAAGGCUCCUCCUCGGCUCCCGGCCCGCAGCCACCUGCAGCCGUGCGGGCGGGGGCGGGCCGAGCCCCGGGUCCCUCCUCUGCGGGGGACAGGCUCCGCAGCGCGGCACGGCCGCGGCGGCACCCGGCGGACAGAGGCACGGCCCGGCCCGGGGCAGCGGCAGGUGCCGGCCCAGGGCAGCGCGUCCCGGCGGGGCAGCGCUCACGGGCAUGGACAGGCUCAACAAGCUGACGGUGCCGGCCGGGGAGAAGUUCAGGAAGCUUCAAAAGAUGGUGCAUGACAUCAAGAAAAAUGAAAGUGGGAUAAUAAACAAGUUCAAAAAGCUUAAAAAAAAGCCACCACCAAGUCUACCACAAAGGGAUUAUGCUUCAGAAUACGCAGACAAUGAAGAGGAACAAUGGUCAGAUGAUUUUGACAGUGAUUAUGAAAAUCCAGAUGACCACUCUGACUCUGAGAUGUAUGUGGUCCCCAGUGAAGAGAAUCCUGAUGACAGCUAUGAGCCACCUCCAAGUGAGAAGGAGAAAAAGAAGAUUCCCUCUGCAUUCCCUAUUUCUAGGGGUGAAUAUGCAGACAAUCGCACCAGUCACCAGCAGCUUCCUCCCAUCAACAAACCUCUGCCAAGUACACCCAGUCCAGCCACAUCCAGACCAAAGAAACCAUGUGUGCCAUCCAUGCCACUGCCAUCUCCUGCUGCAAAACCAAAAGUGCCACCAAAGCCUAAGGAGUGCAAUGAUGAUGAGGAUAACUACAUUGUGCCAGUAGACAAUGAUGAUGAUAACUAUAUUGAACCCACAGAAGGCAGCAUGCCACUACCUACAAGAUCACCUGUGAACAGAUUUAUGAAGACAACAAAGCCAGCCCCCCCUAUUUCUCCAAAGCCUUCUCUUACUUCUAAUAUGCAAGAAGUCUACGAGGUUCCUGAAGAGGAGGAAAAACCAUCACCACCACCAGUAACCAGGUUCACCAAGCCACUCAUGUUUAUGCCUGCUCAGAAUACAGAGCACUCCCACAUGCACAGAGGGUCACCUAAGCAGGAUACCUCCAGAAAUAUUUUGCCUCUCCCCAGAAGUCGUCUUCAUCCAAAAACAGACCUUGAAGCAAACAAUAAUGAUGAAAGUCAGAGGUUCAAUAACACACAAGAAUCCAGAUUUCCCACUGCAGCAGCUCCAUCUCCAUUACCAAGGGGCCUCAAGAAAACUUCUAAUCCAGUAAUUUCACCAAAACCGUGUUUACCUUCUAGAGAGACCUUAACUGCAAAUGAAGAAAAACCUGCAGCACCAGAACGACGGCGCAAUUCCAACCAUGAACUUCCACUUCCCCCCCUUCCAAGUGGUGCCCCAAAGCCUCUGCUCCAAAAGUCCUCAGUUCUGCCAAGGCCUUGUGUUCUGUGGAAUCAGGCAAAAAGCCCUGUAGAUGUUCAAGUCACUUUUUCCACUUUAGAAGUGCCAGAAGCUGCAAACCGUUCUGUGGGUGCUUCCCCUCCCAGCAGCACUUCAUCUAUUUCAAGUUCUGCAGACCAGGAUGCUGGUGUUCACAGUAAAGCAUGGUAUGCUGCUACCUGUGAUAGGAAAAUGGCAGAAGAUGCAUUAUACCGAUCAAGCAAGGAUGGAUCUUUUCUAAUAAGGAAGAGUUCUGGACAGGACUCACGGCAGCCAUAUACCCUGGUUGUGUUCUACAACAGAAAAGUGUACAACAUUCCUAUACGAUUUAUUGAAUCAACAAGACAAUAUGCACUGGGCAGAGAAAAAAGUGGUGAAGAGCGCUUUGAUAGUGUUGCUGAAAUAGUAGAGAAUCAUCAGCGCACCUCCCUGGUUCUAAUUGACAGCCAAAACAACACAAAAGACUCCACAAAACUGGAACAUAUUGUAAGAGUUUCUUAAUCAAACUGAACUGCUAAAAUGAAGACCUCUUUAAUCAUUUCUUUCAACAUACUGAGACAUGGACAAGGCAUUAAAAGAAGAAAAUGCAAAAUUAUGGGAAACACUCGUCAAGAGCACCUACAGAGUAGUAAGAAAUGCAUUUCAUAGAGUUCAACCCCAUGCCACUUUUUAUCAGGAAAGUGUUCACAUUUAACACCAGAAACCAAAGCAGAUACGCCAUCAUCGGUGACAACAUGGGUGUCCAAAGUCACAGGAAGAGCAACUGCAUACCACAGCCUGGUCCUCUGACUGCUAUUUGAAGAUAGAUUUCUUGAAGGACAUUUUCAUUUUUAGAAUGAGAAUACCUACAGUGAUCUAUCUUUCAAUUUAUGUUUACCACAUAUCACUGCUUUCAGCAAUUUCUUCGUAAAGUGCACAGCCCCAGAAAUUUAAACAACUUGACCUAAUGUUGUGUCACUAUGCACAAGUUGAAAAUAGGACUGUACUUUGUGAUUAGUGGCAAUAAAUCCACCUGAAUGUUUUAGAUUUAUGGAGAUGUGUUGUACCUUCCCUCAGCUUCACCCUAUUUCACUGAUAUUUUUGUUUGUAUUUUCAAAUGUACAAAUAAAAUGUAAAAAUACUGUUAACUCA